UCAAACAUUUCAACCAAAAUUAGUCAAACUCUCAAAAAGUCAAAAUUGGUCAAAACUUCAACUUUUAGGCCUCAAAUUCCCAAAUUUUCAGAACAAUCGACAGUUAAUUUGCUGCAAAAAAAUACAAAAAAUCAUCCCAUUAAUUGCUACUCAUAUCACACAAAAAAUGAUCCGAUUCAUUUUGCUACAAAACAGGCAAGGCAAGACCCGUUUAGCUAAAUAUUAUAUUCCUCUUGAAGAAUCAGAAAAACAUAAAGUUGAAUAUGAGGUUCAUCGGCUGGUUGUAAACAGAGAUCCCAAAUUUACUAACUUUGUUGAGUUUCGUACACACAAAGUUAUCUAUAGGCGAUAUGCUGGACUGUUUUUCUCACUUUGUGUUGACAUAACCGAUAAUGAGCUAGCAUAUUUGGAAGGCAUCCACUUAUUUGUUGAAAUACUUGAUCACUUCUUCAGCAAUGUUUGUGAGCUAGAUUUGGUCUUUAACUUCCAUAAGGUGUAUCUGAUAUUAGAUGAGUUCAUUCUUGCUGGUGAAUUCCAAGAAACAAGCAAGAAGGCGAUCAUAGAGAGGAUGGGAGAAUUAGAAAAGCAAGAGUGAAAGGCACUUAUAUGGUAGCUAUACCUGAGCUCGUGUAUUCUAUCCGGAAAUCAAGCACAGUUUCUGCUUUUGUCUUCUUAUUGGCUCUUUGAGCUCUUAAACAUUUCCAGCGUUCAUAGUCGAUAUGUAUUUUUUUAAGAUGUUACCAUGGCUAUCUAUGAUUUGAUCCAUGGAUAUUGUACCUAUGAUUUUUGUAUAUGAAAUAUUGAAUACAGCUAUUUCCCUUCCAAACCUUUUAGUUACUACA